AUGGCUCCUAACAGAAUCGACGUUCACCACCACUUUGUGCCGGACUUUUAUCGUCAAGCCCUUGUCUCUUCUGGUGGAGACCCAUCGGGAUGGUUCAUACCUGAUUGGACUCCAGAGUCUGAUGCCGCGCUUAAUGAGAAAUUUGGCAUCGACAUCACCAUCUUGUCGCUGACCGCACCGGGUGCCUGCAUUCUCAAGGACCCGAAGGCAUCAGCGGAACUGGCCCGCAAGACCAACUUAAAUAUGGAUUUUUUUGCGGCCCUGCCAAACCUACUUGACAAGGAGCUGGCUCUUGCCGAGAUUGCUUUCGCGCUUGACACUCUCAAAGCGGACGGCAUUACCUUGUUCACCCGAUACGGGACCGGAAAUCACUAUCUGGGUCACACUGAUUUCAAGGACAUCUGGGCCGAGCUCAACCGCCGGUCUGCUAUCGUUUUUGUCCACCCUACCCAUCCCGUGGAUACUAGCCAGGUUAGCGGACUGCCUCAGCCGGUUAUCCGCUACCCCUUCGAGACUACGACAACUGCCUUGGACAUGAUUUACAACAAGACGGUCCGCAACAACCCAAACUGCAAGAUCAUCCUCUCCCACGGAGGCGGCGUGUUGCCCUACCUGAUCGGAAGGCCUGCGAGUAUCCUCCCCAAGUCCAAGGAAGAGUUGGACGAGUUUCUAGACGAUGCUCGGAAUUUCUAUUAUGAUCUAGCUGUGGCGGGCUCGGAGAACGCGCUGCGGGUGCUCGAGAAGUUUGCCAAGCCGGGCCAUCUCCUCUACGGUAGCGACACCCCUUAUGCUAAUGAAGGGAUUAUCGAUUUCCACACAAGUGGCCUUGAUUCGUACAAAUUUGAGGAUCCAAACUUGAUUAAGCAGAUCAACUACGAGAAUGCUCACGCUUUGUUCCCCAAGUUUAAGAAUUGA